AUGCUAGCUAUACUUAUAAAUCAUCUGACGGAUUACUGGGAAGUGACUCUACCAAAGGCAGGUCAAAUCGUGAAUGUCCAUGAAGGACUCACAUCCCUUCUUGUCAUUGUGGUUGCACAACUCUCUGACUCCUACUUUGGUCGAUUAAAGUUAAUUCUCUUCACCAAUACUGCUUUUAUUUUUGGAUUGAUGAUGCUAUGGUAUGAGAGCCACCGCUUAAGUAUUAAAGCGUUGUUUGGGGCACUGGCGUUGUUAACUCUUGGUAAAGCUGGGCGAGAUGUCACUUUGAAAGCAUUUCUUGCUGAUCAACUACGGAUAUCUAGAGAGGAACCAAACCUUGAAGAGGAAGAACUUAUAGAGACACGUCGAAAACUUAUUUGGAGAUUUUGUUGGAUCUUAGGUAUAAUUAUGGCAACUGUAUGGCUCUCAAAUGAAGAGUGGGAGGCACUUGCAAAGAUAUGUACAAUCGCAAUGGCAGCAGGAUUUUUUGUUUUCUUGCUAGGCAUCCCAUUCUAUAAACACGAGGAUACAUUUCCUAGCCCCAUUCUUAACGCUUUCAACGUUGUUAAAGCGGCAGUUUUAAAGGGACAUCUCAAUUACCCAGCUUCUCCUAAUCAGUUGUUCAAGAAUUACAGUACAAGUGCUACAAAGAUUCUUCCUCAUAUUGCAUUCCUCAGAUGGUUAGACAAAGCCGCCAUUUUGGAACCAUCGCCUCCUUGUCCAAUAUCAACGAAACAAGUAGAAACUGGAAGGCUUUUUGAGGUAGCAAAAGUGAAGGAUGUGAAACGCUUGAUAAUUGCUUGUGUGGUCGAAGUUCACAGGCUUCAUCGUGUGAAUGUCGAGGAUAGUCAAAUUAGUAUUUUUUGGCUAACACCUCAGUUCUUCUUGGUUGGGCUCAUGAAAGGACUUUCUGAGAGUGGACUCCAAGAUUUCUUUGAAACUCAAGUCUGUGAGUCAAUGAAAGAGUAUGGGCCACAAUUCAGUGAAUUCUCCGAUGGCAUUGGUAAAUUCUUUAGUGUCAUUUGUAUCCUCAUUUUCCAUUUCUGCAACUGGUAUGCGAAUCAGCCCCAUGAUCAAAGUGAAACCGAUGAUAAUGCUCAAGAAUUACAAGAUGGUGUCGCCGAUGACAAUGCUCAAGAAUUACAAGAUGGUGUCGCAAAUGAGAAUUCUGGCUUUGAGAAGAAUUAG